AUGGAAAUCUAUUCACCACCUCCACCUGUUCCUGCAAUCAAGAAUGGAAAGAACUUAAAUGAAAGACGUAAAUCAGCAAAAUUUCAUCCAUGCAUUUGGGGAAACUUCUUUCUCAAGUAUAAUUCAGAUAACACGGACAUCAUUGAUGCUGCUCAACAAGAAGAACUCGCAAAGCACAAAGAAAUGGUUAGAGAAAUGCUCUCCCUAACUGCGGACGAUUCAACGUGUAAAUUGGAACUCAUCGAUGCGAUUCAGCGUCUAGGUGUGGAAUAUCAUUUCGAGAAAGAAAUUGAGGGAUCUUUGAAAUAUAUUCAUGACAAUUACAAGCAGCAAAAUAGCAAAAACAACGAUGAUCUCCGCACUGUGGCUCUUCGCUUUCGUCUGCUUAGACAACAAGGUUACAACAUACCAUGUGAGGUGUUCAGCAAAUUCACUGACAAACAAGGAAAUUAUGAGGCGGCGUUGCAAGACAACGUUGAAGGUUUGCUGAACUUGUACGAGGCGGCCCAUCUUUUGAAACAUGACGAGGAACUUCUUGACAGAGCAAUAGAGUUCUGCUCGUCUCAUCUUCGCGCUUCAGUGCUCAACAAGGCCGCGGAUGUUUCUCUCUGUAAACGUGUCGGAGAAGCUCUGAAGAUGCCAAACCGUUGGAGUCUCACAAGAUUGGGCGCCAGAAAGUUCAUUUCAGCGUACCAAGAAGACGAGUCACAUAAUGAAACACUACUGAAUUUCGCAAAACUGGAUUUCAACAUAGUGCAGAAGAUGCACCAGAGAGAGCUCAGUGAUGCUACAAGGUGGUGGAAGAAAUUUGACAUAGCGAAUAGAAUGCCUUAUGCAAGAGAUAGGAUUGCAGAAUUGUACCUAUGGAUGCUAGGAGUCUUCUUCGAGCCAUGCUAUGCUAGAGCAAGAAGCAUAUUACUGAAAGCCAUUUGUAUGGCUUCUAUUGUUGACGACACAUUUGAAUAUGCAACAAUAGAUGAACUACAGAUUCUAACAGACACUGUUCAACGUUGGGAUGUUAAUGAGACCUUGGAGGAUUCGCCACCAUACAUCCAAAUGUGCUACAGAAGCCUUAUUGAUACUUUUACCGAAUUGGAAGACGAAAUGGAGAAAUCGGGAGAAUCAAACCGCGUCCAAUAUGCAAUACAAGAAAUGAAAAAGUUAGUGUUGGCAUAUUUGGAGGAGACGAAAUGGUUGUAUGAUGAUUAUAUUCCAACAGUAGACGAGUAUAUGAAGGUCUCCCUCCCAAGUUCCGUUUACAUGAUGUUGUCAACAACUUCUUUGGUGGGUAUGGGAGAUCAAGUUAGCGAAAAAGAUUUUGAUUGGAUUAUAAAUGAACCUCUAAUAGAUCGAGCAUCAACAUUAGCAGCUCGAUUAUGGAAUGACUUAGUUGGAGAUGAGAAUGAGAAGAAACCCUCGUCAAUACACUCUUACAUGAGACAGUAUGGCGUGUCGGAGGAAGAGGCUCGUGCUCAAAUUGAACAACAAGUGAAGAAUGCAUUGAAAGAUAUAAAUCAAGAAUGCCUUGAGCCGACAUCGGCAUCCAUGCCAAUCCUCAUGCGCGUUCUCAAUCUUGCUCGAACCGCCAAACUUUUUUAUUUGGACGGGGAUGGCUAUACCGAUCCCAACAAAUCCAAAGAAACGGUAAAGAUGUUGCUUAUCGAGGCCGUGCCAAUUUGA